ACUAGAGAUGUGCGACUCCGACCAUUUUCAUAUCUUGGUUAACAACGAGGUUGCCAGUUUGUGAAUCGCUUUUGUGACGUAAACACUAGCAUAUGAGAGCUCCUCAUAUGUCGAAGUACAUGACAAGUCGUGGAGUGUUUGUUCCUUGCUGUUCAAGUUUUUUCCCGAAUUUAUUGCAUUAGCAUUGAUAGAUUCCGUGAUUAUAUGAAUUUUUGGUUCUCCCAACCUUGAAGUAAUCGAAGACCAGCGUAUUUAGGGAUGAACAAGCUGAGCAGCCUCACUUUGGCCAUUUUCAAUGGUGGAGUCUCGCAUCUACCGCCGGAGGAUGAUUACUUGUUUUCCUUUCAAAUGUCGGCGAUACCAGAGAUGGAAUUAUUCGAGCAAAUAGUGAAAACUGAAGCUUUCCAACGGCUGAAAGGAAUAAAGCAAUUGGGCGUCAUGGACAAAAUGUAUCCCGCCCUGAAUCAUACUCGGUAUGAUCAUUCAAUUGGGGUUUAUAGUAAAGCUGGGCAACUCCUUCAGGCUUUGGAGGAAAAUACAAAUAUUAAAAUCAAUGAUUUUCAUAAGCUUUGUGUGAAGUUAGCUGGUCUCUUACACGAUGUCGGACAUGGUCCAUAUUCACAUUUUUGGGAAAAAAUUAUUGACCAAUGCAAUAAUGGAAGAGAAUAUCAGCAUGAGCAAGUAGGAACCCUAAUAAUAAAUAGAAUAUUCCAAGAUAUAAGACUCUCAGAGAACCCAGAGGAGCAUGAAUAUGGAGUGGAAUUGAUAAAUCGGCUCAUAGUGAGUGAUAAAGAGAACUUUCGAUGGAGGAACGUCAAAGAAGAAUUUAUUUUUGAUAUUAUCAGCAAUAAAUCAUGUGGUAUAGAUGUAGAUCGUUUUGAUUACUUUGAACGUGAUUGGGAACGAUUUAGCAAGACAGAUAAAAUUUGUCCAAGUGGUAGUUUUGCUUCUGAUAUGGAAACACAUUUAGAAAAUGUUCGACAUAUUUUUAAAGAAGCAAUAGUAUCACCAGACAGAAAACAUAUUCAAUUCAAUAGGAGUCAUAUUGAUCGAAUUAAUUCUGUGUUCAGUCUACGUACAGCAUUACAUGAACAUUUUUAUCAACAUUGCAGUAUUCGAGCCUUAGAAGAUGUGUUUUUACAUAUGAUAGAAUUGAGGAAAAAGGAAGAAGAUCGAGAAAUAUUUCUAACAUUCACUGAUGCCGAAGAUUACGUCAAACGAUGGUAUUUAGGUGAAAUCCCAUUAAAUGAUGAGAAGGUUGAAAUGUGGCUGAGAAACACCUCCAAUCCCGAAUUAAAUAAGUAUUUGGAAGCUUAUAAAGAUAUCGAACGAAAUGUGAUAAUAUCACCUCAGCCGAACAAUGGCUAUGAGAAAGUCGAAACCAAAUACAAGUACAAAGUUGAAGAGUCAAUCAAAGAUUGUUUAUCAGGUGAUGGUCCUUUGGACGGGUUGCGAUGGAGUUAUGAAUUUAAUAAUAUUGUUUACUAUAAAGUAAAUCUCAACAGUAGCAGGUUAUAAAGUGUUCCAAUGUUCAUUUAUUUUGUCGUUUAUUUUUAUUUGUUUUUGUUAGAUUUUGAAAA